AUGGCAGAGAGCUUUGCUCGGAUAUUUAAUUUCUCUUUGAUAGCCAGCGGCGACUCUGUGCACAUUACCUCUCGGUGGUCGAUCCCCAAGACUUACUUCAACGAACCCGGAUACAGCGCCAACGGCUACGUUUUAUUUCGGCCCGAGUUCCUCAAAGUCACCACCUACCCCUUCUCCUACGACGUGUCUGCUUUCGUGGUCCCGAAGGCGCAGCAGAUGCCCAUGUGGAUGAACGCCAUACUGCCGUUCACCUUCGAGACCUGGCUCGCCUACGUCCUCUUCACCACCGCCGUCUCCCUCGCCUGCUACUUCCUGUCCUGCUACGUGCUGCACGCGGAGGUGCCCAACUUCCAGCCCCUGGAGAUGUUCCGGCUGUUCAUCGUCGGCGCCUCGGAGUACCCUCUGGGGUCGUCGUCCCUGCGGCUCUUCUUCGCCGCCAACGUCAUCUUCAACAUCGUCUUCAACAACGCGUACACGGGCUCGUUCUCCAGCUACAUCAUGGUGCCGCAGUUCUUCAAGGACUUCGAGAGCCUGGAGGAGGCGGUGGCGGGGUCUCUGCGGGUGGCCAUCGCCUUCAACGUGGCGUCCAAGAACUCCAUCAGCACCUCGGAGCUGGCCACGGGCGCCGACAUCUCCGACCCCAAGACACAGCUCAUCAUGAUGAACUCCGUGUUCGUGGACACGUACGCGUCGGCCGUGCAGAUGGCGAAGACGGCGCGCAACGUGUGCGUCAUGAGCACGGGCCUGGUGGGGCUGUUCGACGCCUACAGCCGCGACAACUACGACGGCAACCGGCCCUUGCUGCACGUCAUCCCGGGCGGCAUGAUGUCCCUCAUGUACACCUACAGGACGAGGCCCCGCUUCCCCUUCCGGUCGUGGCUGACCGCCUUCGUGGUGGGGCUGCAGGACCUGGGGUUCGCGAACAAGGGUCGCCAGGAGCUGGUGUCGUCCAUCAUCUCCAGCUCGUCCCUCGCCGACAUCGGCGACGAGAUCACGCCCCUGUCGCUGGAGCACCUGCAGACCUACUUCUACCUCCUGGCCGUGGGCGUCUGCCUGAGCGUGCUGGUGUUCCUCCUGGAGACCGCGUCUGGGCCCGUGGUGCGCAGCGCGGUGCUCGUGUACCUGCACGUCGGCCGGAGGAUCAGGGGAGCAGCCUGA